AUGUUUGAGAAGCAGCCUGUUUCCAUUUUUAGAAAACGCCGUAGCCACAAACUGGCAUGCGGCGUAAUUAGUCCCCCGAACUCGAGUAAACAAACUCAGGAGGUCACCCAGUGGGUCGCUAGCAUGGGAACCAGAGAGGAAACCCCUCUGAGGUGCACUGCACCCUGCGUCGGCAGACCUGGGCCCAGCUGUCAGUGUCUGUAUGAGUCGGUCUCAGCUCUGGUUCUGACUGCUGUGAUGCCCCAACGGUCAGACGAGCGUGAGGGGGACAGUGAGAGCGCACUUUCACGUGGGAACCUGGCCGAGGCGCGCAGACAAACAAGCGCGGGGCAGCUAAGUGUGAAACCUCCAAACUGUCACGGAGAGGGUGAGAGAAUGAGUGGAUGACCCCCCACCCCCCCAAUACUCCAAAUCCCCCCAACCUCCAUCCCCUCACCCCUUCUUCUAGUCUCCCUCUCUCGACUCUCCCAUCCUGCCAUCAGCCCUCCUCCUCCUCUCUCCCACCCUGAAAACUCUCAAAAUCUCCACCCACAAAGCGUCCAGACAGACACUCACUUUGCCCCCCUCCCUUAA